AUGAGAUUGAGUUUGCCGUUGAGAAUGUCCGCUAAAAGUUACCAGGAUGCUGUUACUGCGCUGAACACGUUGCAGUCGAAUUACGCAAAUAUCAUGGCUAUUAGAGAGUCUGGAGACCGUAAGAAUCAGAUGAACAUUUGGGAAAUGCAGGAGUGGUCUCGCAGGAUUGGUUACAAAGUUCGUGAUUUUAAUAGGCUUAAUGUUAUCCAUAUUACUGGGACCAAGGGAAAGGGCUCAACUGCAGCUUUCACAUCGUCGAUUUUGGGCAAGUAUAGGGACAGGAUUCCCAAAGUUGGUCUCUACACUUCUCCACAUUUGAGAUCAGUCAGGGAGCGUAUUAGAAUUAAUGAUGAUCCGAUCUCUGAAGAUAAAUUCACGAAGUAUUUUUUUGAAGUUUGGGAUAAGUUAGAUGAGACCUCUUCACCUCUGGAUAAAUUCCCACAUAUGACUCCCGGGAGCAAACCUGGCUAUUUCAAAUAUCUGACUUUAUUGUCGUUCCACAUUUUCAUGCAAGAAGGUUGCAGUUGUUGUGUCUACGAGGUUGGAGUUGGUGGAGAAUUCGAUAGCACGAAUAUAAUAGAGAAACCAACUGUUUGUGGGAUUACUAGACUGGGAAUCGAUCACACUUUCAUGCUUGGCGACACUAUAGAGGAGAUCGCGUGGAAUAAAGGUGGCAUACUGAAGAUGGGCUCUCCAGCUUAUACUAUCCCAAAUCAGCCUGUCGCAGGUUACAAGGUUUUGCAAGAGAGGGCAGCUGAACGUAAGACAACUUUGAAGACGACACCAAUUUUUGACGAGCUGAAGACGAUUCAAUUGGGCAUCGCUGGUGAUUUUCAGAUCGUCAAUGCAUCCCUCGCAGUGAGCCUGGCCUCUCAAUCUCUGACGUCAAUGGGUCUACUUGAGAAGCCUGUGGCUCUGGAAAGAGACGCAAAUAUCCCAAAUCAAUUCAUAGACGGUCUAAUCAACACAAGGUGGGAAGGCAGGUGCCAAACGCUAAAGAGAGGCGACUCAACUUGGUAUAUUGAUGGUGCCCACACCAAGGAUAGUAUUGAAGCAGCGUCUGCUUGGUUCAAACAGGUGACUUCGAAAUCUAAGAACAAGAAAGUCCUGCUUUUCAACCAGCAAAGUAGAGACGCCGACGCCCUCAUCAACAAUUUACAUCAAGUACUCGAUCCAGAAGUGAAGUUUGAUACAGUUGUAUUCACUACCAACGUCACAUGGAAUUCUGGCUCCUACAGCGCAGAUCUUGUUUCAAUGAACACAUCGAAAGAUCAAGUAGAAAAGUUAGUUGUCCAAAAGGCACUGGCUGCCCACUGGAAUAAACUUAACCAUCAGGUGGGGAACGUUCAUGUGACACCUGAUAUCGAAACUUCAUAUGAACUUCUUAAAGAGUUCAAGGGCCCAGUCGAUAUUUUCGUUGUUGGGUCGCUUCACCUAGUAGGUGGAUUACUUGUUGUACUCGACAAUCGUACCUAA